UAUUAUGUAUAAAUGGUAUACCUUUUGCACAGUUUUAACAACAUUACCUUUUUAUAACACGAAUCCAUAGUAAAGUUUAGGUGGUGUUUCGCUAGUAGCUUGAUAGCAUGUCAAGCUAACUGAGCAGUUUAUUGUUGAACUAGUAGUGUAUCGUUUUUGAGAAGUUGCAUAUUGUUGUCGGGUAUCACAUAUUGGCUUUAUCUUUUUAUGAGAUCCUGGCACCAAGUUAAAAUGGAUCUCGUGGAACGUUUUCCUGAGGAUAUAUCCAACGUCUCACCCCUCCUUGCUGAAGAUACACCCCAGGGUCCCAGGAUGGAUGAGGAGAUGGCUGCUGAUGACACUGAAGAGGAGGCCUUCAGGGACACAGAUAAAUUGUUUCCAGUGCUUGUAGAUGAACUGGCUGAAUCGGAUUCUUCCACAAGUCGGGAGGGAAACGACUUUGCCUUCUCAACCAGAGACCGGCACGUCAAGAGGAGCUAUGCAGAGCGAGCGCGGAUGUUCAAGCUGCGACGGAACCUGGACCAGCUGGACUCCCUCUGCAGGCAGAACCAGCAUGAGGUCCAGAUAGUCAGGGAGGAGCUGAACUCGUGCCAGAUGCAUUUGGCUGAGCUGGAGGAGCAGAGGGAGAGGGUGGAGCAGGAGAUGGAGCAGUGUGAUGGAGGCAGCAACAUGGCAUCAGUGUUGCGCCUGAUGGCCGAGCACCAGCGACUGUGUGUGGAGCUUCAGGAUGGAGAAGAGGAGAAGUCUCAUCUCACUCAGGUCCUGCGGGAGCAUGAGGUGGCGCUGUGUCAGGUGGAGGUGGAGCUGAGCCGCCACUCCCACUUGCAGAAGGAGGUGCAGCUGGAGGUACAGGACUGGGAGGCAGAGCAGGAGGAGAAAGCGGCUCACGGGCUACAGAAGGAGAGGGAGGCUGUGCAGAGGACCCACCUGAGGGCGCAGAAGGAGAGACGGAAGCUGGCAGCUGUCAUGAAGGAGCAGCAGGAGAGCCGCCGGAAGGCCACCGAGGAUGUCAGGGCAGGCAGGCAGAGAGCUUCCGUGUUCCUCAAGCAGACCAUGACCAGAAUUCAUCAGGAGAAGGCCGCAAAGGAACAGGAAAGUCAAGAGCUGAUUUCCAAACGGAUGCAGGCGCUCCUUUCUCUGAAGUCCAGCAUCACAGCCAUCCAGGAGAGCCUGCAAGUAAAGCAGGCCAGGGACAAGGGUUAUGCCUUAAAGCGAAAGGAGGAAGAGAAGAGUUUGAUAGAAAGACUGCAGCUGGAAGGAAGUGAUGUCACAAAGUUUAUGUACCAGCAGAAACACCUUAAGGACUUUCACAGGACUAAGGAAGAAUUUGAAAAGAAUCAGAGAUCCAAGCGUGUGGAAAUAAUCUCCAAGUUGUUGCGGGAAGAAGCUUUGGCAGAGAAACACAAGAAACACAGCAUUCUUUUUUUCCCACCAACUCCACCAACUGGGGCCAAACCUUUGGGACCGAGUAAAUCACGAGAAAAAUUACUGCAGUACCUAAAGUCGGCAUCCGCACAACCAGACAAGGACCUUGUGACUCUUGAGCAGCACAAAUGCUACCCGGCAUCGGACGAGGAGAGUGACUCCAGCAGAGGUGACUCUGUAGACCUCCUGAGGAUAGACGGCCCGGAGGAGGAAGCAGAAUGGGAGCUGGAGGAGAACCUCACUCAGCCUGAAUUCAGAGGCCUCUGGGAGCCGACACACAAAGUGCUUCAGGUUCCCCAGGAUGGGGGGGGCGCCACGAAGCAUUCUCAUUUAAGCAAAAUGGAGCAGAAAGCACUUGUGCCACUUCCCAGAAAUCACCAGUGUGUAAUGGCUCGGAAAAAACUUCCAGGUGGAAAGGAAUUCAAAGGAAAUCCCUUUGUCAGCAAACCAGAAUUAAUCACUUUCAAGGACUUUCAGGUUGGUAAAAGCUACAAUAAGAAGGUCUCCCUGACCAAUGUCACGUACAGCACAAAUUACUGCAAGCUUACCGGUGUCAGUGAGCAGCUGAAGGACUUCAUCUCCGUACGCUUUGAGCCGCCUGGUCAAUUGUCCCCAGGGAUGGCCUGUGAUUUUCUGACUGUCUUCAAACCCAUGAUAAAUGAAGAUUUGGAUGGGGAGAUACAGUUUGUGUCUGCUGCUGGAAUUUUCACUGUGCCUCUUAAAUGUACAACCAAGAAGUGUGUUCUGGCAGUGGACCACACCUUCCUUGACUUCGGCUCCCACGUGGUGGGGGAGACACUUUCACGCACUAUAACCCUGACCAACCAGGGAGCCCUGGGCACGGGCUUCGUCUUGGCCCCGUCCGCUGACCCCCAGCCAAUCCCAUCCACCCUAGACAAACAGGUCUGUGUCGGAGGUCAAGAGACUGGGAACCUUAGUUUGGAGGCUGAGAGGCCGACACAUCAGGACCUGGGAGGAGCCAAAGGACAGGAGGAGAGCAGGGACACAUGUGCAGUAACUGGGGAUCAGACUGCUCCCAACCCAAAGGCCUCAUUACUGGAAGGUGGGGAAGCCGAGCCACUGGAAUCCAAGCAGGAGGACAGUCUGCAGAGUGGCGAGUUCCGGGCUGGGAAGGUGACGGAGGGGGACAUUGGCCCUUUUGGAUGCGCCAGACUGGACAUCCUUUUCACUCCAACCCUUCCUGGGGAGGCAGAGAUGGAUUUUGACAUCAGCUUUUCUGAUCCCAGCUCCCCACCGAUCUCCAUCUGCGCCCGCGGUGUGGCAAUGGGUCUUCCUGUGUGGGUCACUGAGCCCAAUGUUGACCUGAAGAUCUGCAUGUAUGAUCGUCUUUACCAAGACUGCAUUGUUGUGCAAAGCAGGGCCAAAACUGCCCUCCGGCUCACCUUUGUCGUGUGCAAAGAGCUAAGAAGCCACAUGCAGGUCCUGCCCAAGACAGGUUUCCUCCAGGCCCUCUCCAGCUUCCAGGCGCAGCUCAAAUUCAAGCCCAGAUCUUCUUUGACCAAGGAUGCAUCAAAAUUCUUCGACUGUGAAACGGGAGUCUUGGUUGCCCCGGUGGUAAUACAAGUAGCUGGCCAGGCCCGCCCCGUCCUGUUCACUGUCCACGCCAUCGUUACGACCUCAGAUCUGGAGUUUGACAGGACGGACGUGGACUUUGGGCACUGCACCAUUUUCGACUCUGUGAAAAGCAGCGUCCGCUUAACGAACCUCUCCCUUCUGCCACAGGACUUCGGGUUUUUGGCGAUCCCUAAGUUCAUAGACAUUCAGCCCAAUGACGGCUUUGGCACAUUACUUCCCCUGGAAACUCUGGAAAUUGACAUCAUUUUUAGCCCGGAGAAGGCAGGGGAAUACAGCUUCCCGCUCACCUGCAAAUCAGGAAUUAACCGGGACUUCAGGCUCUCCUGCCGGGCCGCGGCCGCACACCCCCAGCUGCAGCUGUCCCACUCCCUGCUGAAGUUUGCCACCACCGCAGUAGGGGAUCACAGUACGGCCCUGCUGUACGUGAUCAGCCCUCAGGCCGAGCCCCAGGGGACGCCACAGCUGUUUCAGUUUGUCCCGCCGGAUGAUUCCGAGAUCAGCAUCACCCCCACUGGAGGGCAGGUCCUGCCUGGACAGAGGUGCCUUGUCCAGGUGUCGUUCCGGCCCAGGCUGUCCGAGGAGCAGGUGAGGGAGGAGGCGGUCCGGCUGCUGUGCCGUGGGGAGCACCGGCGGCAGGAGGGGGGGCCACUCGGCCUGGGAGCCGGGACCAACCCAGACUCCGAGGAGGACGUGUCGAGACCCGUGCCUUUGCAGGACAAGAAGGACCCACCAGUUGGCCCAAAUAGAACCAGCGGGUCACCAGCUAGGGGCACCACAGGCAAGGGUGUGACAAAGGACAAGAGCAGCGGGGUGUGUCUGACACUCCCUAAGACUCAGAGCCCGUUCCAGCCACCCAAAGCAGAGGACAUCCAGGAAGGCUCGGAGGAGUACAACAUAGGCAAGGCCUCCCUGCUCCGCUCCUGCCCGAGACACUUCAGUCGCUAUGUUGUCCCCUGCUUUGUCACCGGCGACAAGCACAUGGGCCUCGCUCAGGACGGAGGGCUCCCACACAGUCCCCAUAACCCCCUGCACCUGGAGCUGCACUGCCCCGCUGUACGCCCCUGCUUGGUGGUCAUCUCCAACAACGGCCAGACAACGCUCAAUUUCCAUCGGGUGGAAACAGGGCAGAAGGUUGUGCAGCAGGUCACAGUGCAGAAUAUCUCUCAGGAGACUCUGGAGCUGAGCUCUUCCCUUCUUGACAUCUACGGCCCGUUUGUCAUCCUAAAUGCCCUCAGGCCCCUUGAACCCGGAAUGUCACAUACCAUCCUUCUGAGUUUCACUCCCACUCAAGCUAGGAAGUACUUUGAGACUGUGGAAAUCAGGUGCAGCAGGAUGAGUCUGCAGCUCUCACUGUGUGGAGUUGGAGUAGAGUCCAAAGUGACCUGCUUGCAUGAGGGAAAGAUCCUGAACUUCGGAUGUGUGUUACCGGGAGAGAGCGCCUCACAAGUGUUUACGCUUCAGAACACAUCCUCAUUUCAGGCGAGAGUCCAUGUCCACUUGCACAGCCUCUCUCCUACGAAGCACCAGGGGCUCCCAGAAUUCCUCACUCUGGGCAGCCUCCCCGUUGUGGGUACCCAGAAUUACAGCGGCCUCUGUGUGUUCAGUGUCUCACCAGUAGAGGGCUCUAUACUUCCCGGGAAAACACAGGACAUCACUGUCAAAUUUCAGCCUGAUCACGAGAGCCCUUUCUACUCUGACAGGCUGAGCGUGGAACUUAUAACAAAGCAAGCAGUGUGCUCUCUGAGGCUGCAGGGGGCGUGCUGCAGGAGCGCCACUUUCCUGCGUGGGGGGGAGCCGCUCACGGUGGCCAAAGAGUCGCUGGAGGGCCUGCCCCCCCCUCGCCACACGAGCGCUGCAGACUCUGACCAAAGUCCCCAGCCUGUCCUGCUGACUUUCGAGGCGGCCCCAGGCAGGGAGGGGGAUGUCCCCAUGGUCCGUCAACUGGAGGUGGGAUGUGUGCACUCUGCUCAGAAGAGCGUGGAGUUCAGGUGGGACAGCCUGGCAGAGUUACAGCAGAGCGGCUUCACCGUGGAGCCCCCGUCCGGCCUGGUGGCGCCUGGCACCCUCAAGACUCUCACCGUGACGUGGGCACCUCCUAAUGGUCUGGAGUUUAACAGAGUGACGCAUGCCAAGGCACAGCUGUCCCUGAGAGGGGAACAGACCGAGGUGUACAGCGUGAAUCUGCUGGCGACCGUCAUGUGAGCGUGCUGAAGACCACAGAGAGCAGCGCCCCCUACAGGACGACAUAGGAGACAAGAUGCGGGAUAGAAAUGGGAUGGUGUCCUUUGUCUGAUAGAAAUAAAUGUAGAAAUGUUACAUGAAAAUUGAAGUGUUUUUUGAAUGUCGAAUGGGGUGUGCAGGUUGUUUGGGGUUUACCUUUAAUUCUGUUAGCUGCUUAUUCACACCUGGAGCUCCUGCUCUCAUCCUGAAGCCUCCAAAGGACCAGGUUCCCCCACAGCUAAGGCUUAAUGAUAUUUGUUAAUAAAUAACAGAAUAAAUAUGGGAAAUUUG